AAUGAGUAAUGGUUCGUCUCCUCACUGGACUCGUCCGGUGCCCAAACAAACCUCAAUGUCUCGUCAACAGGAAGCAGAAACAGGCGUUCAUGUUUCUGCUGCUCGCUCAUGUUAUCGGCUAACACUCGGUUUUAGUUGUUUGCUGGCUAAAUGCGUUCACAGUCUGCUGUCGUUUAAUCUCCGUUUGAGACCGUGUUUAGUCGACAUGCUGCGAGGUUAGACAGCCAGAGAGGGAAGCUAAUUGUAGCGCCUGUAGUCUCCUGCUGCUUCCUCAUGCUAACAGCCUGCUAACAUUAGCCGCCUUUAAAGGAAACUAACAGCUGGUUUUUGUUGUCAGAGUUGAGUUAAUGUGAAGUUUAGUCCGUCAGCUUGUUCACCGGGCAGUGUGGGCCGCGUUGUAUGCGCUGUUUCGCCGCUUUUUAUCGGGUCUUAAAGGUCAAACAUUUGUUCAUGCAGCCCGUUGUUGUUGUUGUUGUUGUUGUUGUUCUUUGGCUAACUGAAUUAGCAGACAACCAAGCACUUUAACUGGAUGUAAUCUGUGUUAUACCAUCACACGAGUGUUGAAGUUAAGUUUGAUCACUUUAAUACGGUGUGGACAGAUCGUGUUCAUGGAGCUGUUAUAAGUUAAUGAUUCAUGAAUGUUCAGUCAUGGUGAACUCUGUUGAUCUCUUCAUAUCACUGGUAGCUGCAGGUGUAAGAUACCGACCUGGUGCAGGUGAUGAUGUGAGGUGUGUAAAAAGCCUUUUGACACCCGGAAGCUGCUGCUGAUAUGGUGGACCUGAGACUGACCCUCAGGAGCCCCCAGUCUCACUUUUUUUACGAGAGUCGGGGGAAAAUGUUGCCACAGAUUAUAGAUCUAGGCUAUCAUCUUCCAUGAGAUUUCGACUUCACGGCGCUUCAGUCAAACAGCUGUAAGGAACAUGGAGAGAGAAGCAGCUGAGAAGGAGAUGGAUGGCGUUACGGACACUGACGAGGAGUUCCCUGACGGUGAGUCCGCCUCAGUGGCCAAUUCUAGUCAUUGGGAGGCCAGACAGACCGAUGAUGAUGACUGCGAGCGGGAGGACAAAACAGCUGAUCUAAAUUCUCAGGACACCCCAAAUUUAGCCACUCCCCAAGACUCUGAAAUUGGCGAAGCAGAGUAUUGUGGAUCUACAGAGGCCAAAGAGGAUACUGAGGAGGCUUCGGAUGGGUUCGAGCAUGACAGCACCGCAGAGCACGAGAACUUGCACGUUAUAAAUCAAGAAGAGGAUGAAGCUGCGAAGGAGCAGCACAUGAACGGGGAGUCUGGUUGGAGGAGCGAGGGAGCCGGAAGGAGAUGCAAACUGAGGAGCAGUGGAUCGGUUUCAGAGCAGAGCGGUCAAAGCGCUUUUUCCUCCAUGCAGAAAGGCAAUGUUAUGUCAAGCGGUGGCCGGCACAAGCAGGCCCGCAGACGCAACCACCACCACCAUCAGCAGAACCGAGGCCGCAGGCGGACAGGCAACCAGCUCGUCUUAGCUUUCAAGGAGAUGCUGUCCGAGUCUGUGAGCUUCUGGUGCAUCUCCUGCGUCCACAUGAUGAUUGAGAUUAUCGUCACAAUAACUCACAAUUGUGGAGUCGGUGUGGAGACGGGAGGGAUGAAACUUUACAACUUUGGGCAGCAGCUGUUUGUGAAGAUCACAGAUACAGCAGGAAUGAAGGCAGACGCUAGUCGGAUUCUGAAAUGGACAAAAUGCACAGGAGCGGACCUGGUGGAUAAAAUUGUUCGGUCAGUGAAGUGGGUAAAGACAGCUGCCUUAUCUUGUUUUAGACUUUUCUGCGCUUUGGCUAUUCUCGGUUCCCAGUGGGCAAAGGGUGUGGUGGUCCGCUUUGGUGGAGAGAGGGGAAAACGCUAUUGGACAUCUUUUCAGGAGUCAAGGUUUUGGAAGAGGGUGGCGUCCCUGCUGGAGAGAGUUAGAAGUAAGUUUAGGAGGGAUGGACAUGUGCCGCCGUCCAGCCCCGAUUCACCCGGCAGAGCAGGGAGAGGCCAGCCGGGCCAGGAGCUGGAGAGACUGCUGGCCUUGGCUGAGGUACCAGAGGAUGAGCUCGACCCCUUUACAGUGCUCGGCGUGGAGGUGCACGCCACUGAGGCCGAGCUGAAGAAGGCAUACAGACAGCUGGCUGUCCAGGUCCAUCCAGACAAGAAUAAACACCCACGAGCGGGAGAGGCAUUCAAAGUACUGAGGGCUGCCUGGGAUAUUGUCAGUAACCCAGAGACACGACGAGAGUAUGAGUUGAAGCGUAUGGCAGCAACUGAGCUCUCAAAGUCCAUGAACGAGUUUCUCACCAAACUGCAGGAUGACCUGAAGGAAGCCAUGAACACCAUGAUGUGUACCAAGUGCGAAGGCAAACACAAGCGGUUCGAGAUGGAUCGUGAACCUGCCGAGGCUCGGUUCUGUGCCGAAUGCAACCGUUGCCAUAGUGCUGAGGAGGGGGACCUGUGGGCCGAGUCCAGCAUGUUGGGCCUACGUAUUACGUACUUUGCCUGUAUGGAUGGCAAAGUCUACGAUAUUACAGAGUGGGCAGGUUGCCAAAGAAUAAGCAUCUCUCCUGACACACACCGUGUGCCCUAUCACAUCUCCUUUGGUUCAAAGAACAACAGCAACUCCACACGACACAGGACGCCCUCAGAGCACGCCACAGGUCCGACCAACCCCGCAGAUUUGCAGGACUUCUUCAACCGCAUCUUCAAGGGAGGACCUCCUAACGACAUGGCUGCCAACGGGGGCUUCUUCCCCUCAGGUCCGCCCCAUCACCAGCCUCCUGGUGCUGGAGCGCCCCCGUUCUCCCCUCCCCCGGGUCAGACAGGUUUCUACAUGCCGGGGGGUCACCGGCCAGAGUCCAGCGAGACGUGGGCUGAAAGUGGCAAACCCCCCAGAAGGAGGAAGAAGGUCCGCAAACCCUUCCAGAGGUGAAGUCUGUUGACUUAGCAGUGUAUCAACAUAGCAACACAGGAACACAAUAAAUAAUGGCCAUGUUUGUCUCUCGCCUGCCUGUUGGCGUGCCAAGCUCUGAACUGGUGUUGGUAAGGCUGCGGUCAGGUCAGCCAGAGGAGAGUGAGAUCAUGAAGAGGAGCCUGUUGACUGAAUACAAGUAUUGAAGGAGGGUUGAAGACACGGCAGUGAUGGUGCUUUACCUCUCAUUUCACCUUAUUUUUUUUUUUGUUGGUCUUUAACAUGACUGUAGCCUUGGCAUUGAAAUCCUCAUCGGGAUGCUGUAAUGAAACAUUUUCCUUUCAUAAUUUCCUGCCAAAUCCUGCAAUGCAUGAUUUUAUUCACUUACAUUUUAACACUUCAGUUCUCUCACUUUUGUUGUUGAUUUAUUUUUAUUUUUAUAUAAGGUUAGCUUUAAGGCAUUGGUUCCAGACAGAGUGAAACUUGAAGAGUCGGACAUCACUUUUCCUCGACAUGAAAAAGAUAAACUGGGCAGCUUCACUGUGUCAGUGUUACUCAUGUUAGUGGCAUGUGGUUCUAGAUCUGCACCAUAUUUUAACAAUGAAUGGAAACCAGCUAAAUGCAUCACAUUUGAACUAAAUUUGCAAAAGCAGAACAGAAAAAGAACAUUUUGAAAAGGCAGCAGCCAAGAUGUAAAAUCUAGACCUGAAGAAUAAGUGAAACUGAUAAAACAGCUUUCUUUGUUUUGAGAUGUUUCUGGUUCAAACGUGCUGAAGUGUGGCUGCUGUUUGUUUCAGCUCCAGAUCGGCGUUAUAAUUACUGCACAUGUUCAAAUCUAACAGCAGGAAUGAGGUCGUGGUGUCUCUGUAAUACUGAGCCCCAGCUGAGGUGUUUUGAGAAGGUCUCAAAACUUUAAAAGUGACACCUGGACAUUUUGAAAUGUUGAUUUGAUUCUUGUUGUUAAAAAGACCACCUAGAAUUGAUCUAUACUGCCCCCUGUUGAUUGACUGUGUAACCACAUGAAGUGAUGUUCACAGUUGAACUGAUUUACAUAGUUAGAAAUGUAACAGUUAACAGCCAUUUGAGUCUUAAAAGGAUGUUAUUUGAUAUUAUGCUAAUUUACAAAUACUGAAGCAACCCUGAGCUGUCAAUGCUGUCAAAUUAAUUUGUUUUUCUCCAUCAGCAUUGUUUUUUUUUUAGUUUGAUCAUUACUGACUUCACAGUAAGCCUUGUGUAAGACAACUGUAAAGAUAUGUUGCAUUAGCAACAUAUGCAAUAUGUUAAUUUCAUAUAUUUGACUUGUGCAGUUGUUCAGGCCGCUACUGAAAACAAGACGUUCCCGUUGUCUACAUUUUGAGACCAUAUUCAUCAGGAUCCUCCUCCUUGUUAAGUGCCAUUUUAUACGAGCUUGUUAAGCAUGUUAAGCUUCAGUAAAAAGUCCACCAUAGAUUUGUUUCUAGCCGUCCUGGUUAUUACAUCCUAAAUACUUUAAUCUUUGUGUUUCAGUCUGCAGUGUCAUCUCACUGGCUCCUGACCUACAAUUAAAGAAAUCUGACACUUAAAGCCUCGCAGCAUGUGUUGUAAACUUGUGUUUUCUUCCACCUGCACAUGCUUCAGCUUUCAAAAUGCCAUGGUCACAUGUUCAGAAAGUCUUGAAUCUAAACCACUGAUUUCCUCAGUUUUACUGUACGUAACGACACGAAGGGGAAACAGGAGAACUGGCUGUAUUUUGGGUUUGGUUUUUUGAAACGGUUCUUGCAUAAAAAUAUCAAUUUAAUUUCCAUCAUACUUUAAUUUAAGAAAACAUAAUUGUUAUUGUUUACACCUGAUAUGUGAAGAGUGUGAGAGUGAAGUGUACAAUGUGUGGUAAGGCUUUUGAUGAAGGCGGUUUUUUUGUCAGUUGAUGAUGAAAAGUACCAUGUUCAAUGUUUUUUUUUUUUUUGUUCAUUUGCACACCCUCCCCAGUAAUAACAUCACAGGGAUUUUGAAUAGUCAUCAGUGAUUUGAUCCUAACCAGACUCCUCCAGCUGCAACUGAGUAGGAGGUGUAGCUCACUAAACUAUGGGCUCAUUUGCAAAUUAAGAUUUGUUUUUGGUAGAAUCUGAAUGUUAAAUGAGUGACACAUUUUUUUGAGAAACAGCAUUUGAGUUGCACAAGCAUUACACUCUGGAAUAACCCGAGUAUCAUAAAUAUUUUAUGGCAUUGUAUUGCAUAAUGUGGGUUUGUCUGGUAGCUUGAAAAGAUGAACCUUUGUUGGAAAUAUUGUUUGAGUUGAAGCAGGUAAUUAAGUUUCUUUUCAUGUGUCAAAUAGUUUUUCUCUUGUACUUAUUUGACCAGUUUCUAAGACAUGGAUUGAGUUGUCAACCAAAAUGGCCCUAGCUUCUAAAUGAAACCAUCUCAAAAUGUGAAAACAGUCCUAAUUUGAGCUUAUUCUGGCAAAAAAAAACUAAACCAGAACUAUGAGGACUUAAAUUGUUUUUUUUUCAAUCAGGCAGAUUGUUACUGUGUGAUAAUCAGAAAUAAAACAACAAAACUGACAACUGAUAAAUGUUUCAUUCACAAACUUGGUUGAUUUUUUUUCCAGCAUUUUCUUCAUAUAUCGUCAGAUAUCUAAUUCAGUCCCUGUCUAGGAAACUGGAUGCAGAGCUGUAACCACGUUAAGCAGAGUGCGUUGUUUUCCACACGUCCACCUUGACUUGAGAAUGUUCAGUGCUGUAUGUUAACGGUAGCAGUUUGAAGUCCAAGAAGUCAAUGAAAGAGCCAACACUUUUGUUUUUGUUUUCAAAUUUUAUCACAGAAUAUGCAGAAGUAUUGCAAAAAAUAUCUGACAAUCAUCAGGGUUUUUUGUAGGGAAUUAUGAUGCAAGUUCCCUGGCUGGCAAACAGUUUUAAAAUCUCACUGUUGGGUUUCUUUCCCCUGCUUUCUCUGGUUUUCAAAAUAAAGAUUAUUUCCUAUA